AUGUCGUUCGCUGGCUACGCUUCGCUGGGCCUCAAGAGCAUCUUGGUCACCUUUGAUGGCCCCGUGGCAAUCGUGACCAUCAACCGUCCUCAGGAGAGAAACACCUUCGGAGGAACUCUGCCAGACGAGCUGGUCAAGGUCUUCGACCUCUUCGACCGCGAUGACCGCGUCCGCGUGGUCAUCCUGACAGCAGAUCCCACGGCGCCGGCAUACUGCUCAGGCGCGGACAUCUCGUCAGGCUGGGGCGGCCUGUUCACGGAGGAGAGCCUGAAAGAGGGCCCACACGCCCACAGAGACAGCGGGGGCAUCGUCGCCAUGGCCAUCUUCCGCUGCAGGAAGAUCACCAUCGCCGCCGUGAACGGGCACGCCGUCGGCGUCGGUGUCACAGGCCUCCAGCUCCCCUUCGACUUUCGCUUCGCAUGGGAAGACGCGAAGCUCGCGCUCCCCUUCGUCCGCAGAGGCAUCACCCCCGAAGCCACCUCGACGUACCUCCUCCCGCAUCUCGUCGGACACGCACACGCGACCGCGCUCCUCCUCACCGGCGGAACCUCCACGCCCAAAUCGCCGCACCUCGCGGGGCUGUACCACGCCGUGCUCCCCGCGCGCGCGCACGUGCUCCCCGCCGCGCUCGCGUUCGCGCAGGAGCUCGCCGCCAACACCUCGCAGCCCGCCGUCGCGUGCACCAAGGCCCUCCUGUGGCGCGGCGCGCGCAGCAUCGAGGCGCAGCACCUCCUCGACUCGCGCGCGCUGCGCGAGCUCGCGGUCGGGCGCGACGCCGCGGAGGGCGCGCGCGCGUUCAAGGAGCGCCGCGCGCCGCGGUUCGGCGAGACGCUGUCGCAGAGCGUGGCUUCGUGGAUGCCGUGGUGGAGAGAGGUGGACGUCAGGCACCGCUUGGCGAAGCUGUGAGGGGCGUGGUCGUGGGCCUCGGGUGAGUAUGCGGUGUGGGUGUCAUUACGCAGGCGUUGUAUCCGUACGUCCUGACUGUUGUAACCGGUAUGCGUCUGCCUUUCCGAGUCCUCGU